CACAUAGCAGCACCAGAGCUGGGACAGACUAUACAAGUCAUUUAAAGAGGGUUAUUUUUUCCAUAUCAAGACGAAUGACCACUCACCGCUACAGUGCAGUUAAACUUGACCCUUCCACAGACGUCCAUGUUUGUCUUGUCUGAACGAGACACCGCCCUCCUCCGUCUUCACCUGCGGCCUCUCCGGUGGUAGCAUAGCAGCAGCUAGCAGGAGGCUAAUCACAGACAUGGACGGCUUCAUGGGUUACUCCUUCCCGGCCGGAGAUGAGAGCGACUCCAGCAACGACGAGUGGGACAUCGGCCGCAGCUCUGCCAAGCAGCCUCCAUGUAUCAAGGAUACGGGUACUGCUGCGCCACAGGCUGACGAUAAUGUGUCCAUGUUGAAAAAGGCCAUCAGUAAAGGAGACACUGAGACUGUAGAGAAGCUGUUGGACAAUGGCAUGGAUGUGGAGAUCAGGCUUGGCUUCCAAUGGACUCCUCUCAUGUGUGCUGUCAAUGUGGCUAAUUACGACCUGGCCAAAGUGCUGCUGGACAGAGGGGCCAGCGCCAACUUCAGCAAAGAUCAUUGGACAGUGCUCAUGGCCAGCUGCACAGCAUCUGCCAGUGAAGACAAGAUCUCUCGCUGCAUGGAGCUUCUGCUGUCCAGAAAUGCUGAUCCCAACAUGGCAGACAGGUCACAAAUGACCUGUCUGAUGCUGGCAGCCAGGGACGGCUACAGUAAGGUCAUCAACCUGCUGGUGUCCCAUGGAGCAGACAUCAAUGUCCAGGAUGGCAAUGGAUACACGGCUUUGUCUGUAGCAGUGCAGUAUGGCAGAGAGGAGGCAGUGCUAAAACUCCUCCAGCUGGGAGCAGACAAAACCAUGAGGAACAAGGUUGGCAAAAGCCCGGCUGACCUGGCCAGGAUCUUCAAACAUGCACAGAUAGCGAGGAUCCUCGCCGCUUCAUUGCAUGUCUCAACCGUGCAGCCCUUCAGCUCCAUGGAGAAGACGCUGUCUGAAUUCAUAAAGACCGACUCUGAACCUCCAUCUUCUAAGGAAAGUGUCAUCAAGCUUGAUGAACUUGGAAUCCUCCUCCAUGGUCUUGAUCUCGGCAACCUCACUGACAUCAUGGCUGAAAAUGACAUCACCUGGAGCAACCUGUUGACCAUGGAGAAGGAGGACCUGGAGAAGAUUGGUAUCACAGACCCGGUGCACCAGCAGAAGGUGCUGAGUGCUGUGCAAAAGAUGCACCUGGACAAAGUGGACCUGGACACUAUAGACCUACUGGGAGCUACAGACAGUGGGAGUGAGGAGCUGCAUACCUUCCUAAUAAGUGUGCAUCGUCAGUGCUGCUACCUUACAGAGACGAUUCAGGAGGUCGUCAACCGUUUUCCUCGCCAAGCCUCUCAGCUGGUUUUCUCCCUGGACUCGAAGAAGGAGGCUCAGGCCAUGUGCAGCCAGCUGGUGGUCCAGACUAAAGACCUGCAGAAGGAAGUCACCUGCCUUCAUAGUCUGCUAUGCCAGAUGAACGAAGCCGCAGAUUGCUGUCAGCUUCCUCAACCUGGUUCCCACGGCAACUGGAGGAUGCAGUACCUCACCAGAGUGACACUGAGCGCACUUGGAGCCACCUUCCUUGUGCUCCUCUACAAAGCUGCUCGUGGAUAGGUUUCCCUCUAGAUGUACAGGAAUGUUCAUCAUUUUGUGUUUGAUUAAUGUACUUUAAUUGUUUUACUAUAAUUGUAAAAGAGUUAUGUUUGGCUCAUUUGUAUUUUUGCUGUAGUUUCCCGUUUUGCAGUUUGCUCUGACUUGUCACUGAGUUCAGGUCUUAAUUCUUUUUAGGUUAUUUUGUAUUUUAAGCGUUUAAGUGAAAAUUAAAGUUUCUUUUGAGGAGCA